GCGGCGAGUUGUUGAGAGGCAAGGCAAACUCAGGCGACUGAGCUAAAGAAGCCGCACUAGUAUGGGGGUGACGAAGGCGGAGGCGGUUGCCGGCGACGGCGGGAAGGUGGUGGACGACAUCGAGGCGCUCGCCGAUCUCAGAAAGUUGGAGUUGGACGGACAGGAGUGAGAAAUUAUUAUCUCUGAUCUGAUUCCUGUUGGAGCCAGCAUGGAAAAGGUUUUUGUCCCACAUUGGACCAGGCUUUAUGGUCUGUUUGGCUUACCUCGAUCCUGGAAAUAUGGAGACUGAUCUACAAGCUGGUGCCAAUCACAAAUAUGAGCUUCUUUGGGUGAUUUUGAUUGGCCUGAUCUUUGCACUGAUUAUACAAUCAUUAUCGGCUAAUCUUGGAGUGGUGACAGGGCGCCAUCUUGCUGAGCUGUGCAAGACUGAAUAUCCAGUAUGGGUGAAAACCUGCUUAUGGCUGCUAGCAGAACUAGCUGUGAUUGCUUCCGAUAUUCCAGAAGUUAUAGGUACAGGAUUUGCUUUCAACCUUUUGUUCCACAUACCAGUGUGGACCGGGGUUCUCAUUGCUGGCUCUAGCACGCUUCUUCUUCUUGGACUGCAAAGAUAUGGGGUAAGGAAACUGGAGGUUGUGGUCGCGCUAUUGGUGUUUGUCAUGGCAGGGUGCUUCUUCGUGGAGAUGAGCAUAGUCAAGCCUCCGGUUAAUGAGGUCCUUCAAGGAUUAUUCAUCCCCAGGCUCAGUGGGCCCGGUGCCACAGGAGACUCCAUUGCCCUUCUUGGGGCUCUUGUAAUGCCGCACAAUCUAUUCUUGCACUCUGCCCUGGUGCUGUCGAGGAAUACACCCGCAUCAGCAAAAGGAAUGAAGGAUGUCUGUAGGUUCUUCCUCUUUGAGAGUGGGAUAGCUCUUUUCGUGGCUCUGCUUGUCAACAUUGCAAUCAUCUCUGUCUCCGGCACUGUAUGUAAUGCAACCAACCUUUCACCAGAAGAUGCUGUAAAAUGCAGCGACCUUACAUUGGACUCCUCAUCCUUCCUCCUCAGGAAUGUGCUAGGAAAGUCAAGUGCGACAGUGUACGGUGUAGCACUCUUGGCUUCUGGACAGAGCUCGACCAUUACUGGCACUUAUGCUGGGCAAUAUGUUAUGCAGGGGUUCCUAGACAUCAAAAUGAAACAGUGGCUUCGGAACCUGAUGACACGCAGCAUUGCCAUUGUGCCUAGCUUAAUCGUCUCCAUCAUUGGAGGGUCUAGUGGCGCCGGUCGUCUCAUCGUCAUUGCAUCGGUACAAUCUUUUACUACAAAUGAAAAUAUCAGUUUGCCCAUAAGAACACUCAUUAAAAAAAACUGCCAUACAAUCAACCAUCUUCUAAUUUUCUCAAUAAUUAGUAAGUUAUUUGCUAAUCGAAAUGCUUCUUUCUUCAAAAAAUGGACGGUAUGUAAUUUGUUGUACCUCAUUCCUUCUGAUCAUACUGUUAAAAAGAAUCAAAACCUAAUGCUUGUUUUGGUUUGGCUGUUACGUUUCAUACAGAUGAUUCUAUCCUUUGAGCUACCAUUUGCUCUGAUCCCUCUUCUCAAGUUCAGCAGCAGCAGCAACAAGAUGGGUGAAAACAAGAACUCCAUCUAUAUUGUUGGAUUCUCCUGGGUGCUGGGGUUCGUCAUCAUCGGGAUAAACAUCUACUUCCUCAGCACAAAGCUGGUCGGCUGGAUCCUCCACAACGCGCUCCCGACAUUCGCCAACGUGCUCAUCGGCAUCGUGCUGUUCCCGCUCAUGCUGCUCUACGUCGUCGCCGUGAUCUACCUGACGUUCAGGAAGGACACCGUCAAGUUCGUGUCUCGUCGUGAGCUGCAGGCCGGCGACGACACCGAGAAAGCACAGGUAGCCACCUGCGUCGCCGACGAGCACAGCAAAGAGCCACCCGUGUAGUACCCUUCCAGACCGGUUACCGGUGUUGGCUGGUUUUUAUUGGAUAGAUGUUUAGGUCCAAUUUUUUUUAUAUAAAAAAUCCAAUAGAUGUUUAGGUCCAAAUUUUUGAAUUCAAAAACCGGUUAGCAGUGAUAACCGGCUGAAAUUUUGGCCCAUGGGAGUAGAUUGUUGCUUUUUUUCUUAGUGAUUAGUUAUUGGCAGAUUGGCAGAAUGUUGUAGCUAGGCAAUCUAAUUGUAUGGUUAGAUAUUUAGUCAUAAAUCCAAGAGUGAGUUUUCUUGGAUGCGAGGACAAGGACAAUCUAAUUGUAUGGUUAGAUAUUUAGUCAUAAAUCCAAGAGUGAGUUUUCUUGGAUGCGAGGACAAGGACAAAUAUAAAUGUAAAUAAAUGCAGUUAAAGUAACACCUUGCUCAAAUAUAAAUGUAAAUAAAUGCAGUUAAAGUAACACCUUGCUCCU